AAACAACGAGAACCAUCGUUUCUGACAAGGCAGCGAUUAAGGGCGCCGUAUUUUCAAGAGACAAUCAGACAAUGUCGUCCUAGUUUUCAUUAAAUUGCUCAUGCGUGAAUAAUUUUUACUCUAGGGCCAUAUUAGGCUUGUUAAGCGCUCCAUGGACUUCCAGGUCCGUGCCGAGUCAGGGAAGCAGCUCCUGGCGAGGCUGUCGACACGUCCCAGCCUUAAGGGUCUGGAUGAGCGCCUGCUGGGAGUGGAUGGACCACUUCCUCACGACGUAAUAGAGAUUACUGGAGAUGUGUCUGUAGGGAAGUCAGUCUUGGCAUUGCAGUGGGUGACCCGGGCCAUCCUGUCUCCGCCUAGAGGGGGUCUCGGCGUUGAAGUUUUGCUCAUUGAUGCCGACCACCACCAGUCACUCUUCACGCUAGUUCAGCUUUUGCAAGCUCGCAUGAAGGCGUUUACUGCUCAAACUUCCGGGCUCAGACUGACCUCUAGUCUGGUAGAAACAUCAAUUAAAGAUGCUCUUAAACGGCUGACAAUUAUUAAUGUUUAUGACAGUACCAACCUGUACACUGCUAUAUUGGCUCUAGACAAGAUGCUCCUCUCCAAACCCCAGAUUAGUAUGGUUGUUGUAGACAGCCUCACAGCAUUUUAUUGGUCAGAUCGUUUGGCUGGUGGACUGCAGCACAUGGAUUCCUACCUUCGCCGUUUGCUGUCUGCCCUCCAAAAAAGUACUAAAGAGCACAAAGUAAUGGUUGUCUUUACCAGACCAAGUUAUUUCCAAUCAGCAGCUCGAUCACGUUUUAAAAUGAAAGAGGACAAUGGAGAAAGUACCCGACUAGUUAGCCUGAAUAGACUAGAAAAGGACAUAUCUGGAGGUAGCAGCAAAGACGGUGAUAAUCAAUCAGCUACUAACAAAGAUAUGAUAGAAAAUAUCUUUUCUGCGACAAUCAGGUCUGCAUAUGGUCAAAAAAUACUCAAGUACCACAUCACCAAGGAGGGUAUGCAAUGGCUUUGAUCAUGCGUCUCAUGAUUAUGCUCGAGUAAGGUUAGAUAAGGAAAAGUUCUGUGAUAAUUAUCUCAAAGAAGUUUGAUACAAUAGUAUAGCACCUGUUAAAAUCAUAAUAUUUUUAUUUUUAUAAAUACAGCUGGCAUGUAGAAAACAGAAAAGCUGUCUAAACCGAUCAUUUUAAAAACAUCCACUUAGAAAUAGAGAUUUCAAAUUAUUUUUAAAUGCUGAAAUAAAAAAUGCCAAACAUACAGUACUUUAAAAAGAAGAUACUUAUUGAUACAGCCAGCAAUUUCAAGGGUAAAGAUUUGGUCAAGGUUAAGAGCAAGCCUGUGUGCUACAAGGAAGAUAGUGUAAUAACACUUUUGAUUGGAUUGAAUUAAUAGUUCAUCUAGAAGACUAUCAUAUUUUUGUAUUGAAUACACAUAGGUAUUAUUGAGGAAAAUGCUUUGACACCAGAGGAGCACACAGUGUUUGCAUUGAGCUUAUCCUUAUAUCUUGAAAUACAUGUAAUACAACAGUUAAAAAUUAGUUUGUUUGUUU